UAAAAAUAGUGGAUCCGUCCGAGUACGUUUGCUACCCGCGUUAGCGUUGCACGUGCGAUGGUGCCAUGUCCAUCGGCCGGUGCGAUUGUCGCGGGUCUUUUGACGUUUUACUCGUUGAUUGUUCGAGGAUCAGCCUUCGGUGUCUUGAAUACAGGUAAACUCAUUGAAAACCAUGGUCAUCAAUCCUAUAGUAAGCAUUCAGUAAUAACCGAAGAUGGAUAUUUAAUUAAUUUAUUUCGCAUCAAAGGCCGCGGUGGUCCGCCAUUUUUGCUUCUCCAUGCAUUUAUGGGAGCAUCCGAUCAAUGGUUUUUAAGAGACAGCAAUCACGAUUUACCCUCAAUUUUAGUUAACAAUGGCUACGAUGUCUGGUUGGGCGAUUUUAGAGGGAACGAAUAUUCUAAGAAUCACACACACCUCAAUGCAACUGAUCCACGGUAUUGGAAAUUCAGCAUUGACGAAUGGGCAUAUUACGAUGUCCCGGCUAUGAUGGAUUACGUGUGCAACAAUACGGAGUACGAUAAAAUGUACCUAGUGACGUACUCGUUGAGCAGUGCCAUUUUGUUUGCCACCGCGUCCUCAAGACCUGAGUAUAACGAUAAAAUCAUUGUUAGCUAUCACAUGGCUCCAUUCUUGGCGUUCACCAACAUCAAAUCUCUUCUGUUACGGAUUGGCAUACAGUUCGGAGAAUUUUACUUGGCAAUAUCACGAAGCAUCAAGAAUCAUGAAUUAUUUGCAAGGAACAAGUGGUCAAUGAAUUCCAUAUCGCUGUUUUGUAAUAAAAAAUCAAUUUUUUUAAAGGCAUGCGUAACUUUGCUGACUGAAUUAUUUGGAUUCGAUACUUCUGGAAACUCUACUACGGACUUAGAUUUUAAAUUAACUUAUUCGAGGGCGGGUGUAUCGUUGAACAGCAUAGACCAUUUACUUCAAAUGAUCAAAGCCAAUAAAUUUCAACAUUACGAUUUAGGACAUAAUAAAAAUUUGAAGAAAUAUGGACAGGCCAAACCACCGGAAUACGAUCUACGAAAGGUCACGUCACCCGUUGUAUUGUACUACAGCAAGAACGACCGGGUCGUAGAUGAUGGUACUAUACACAAGCUGAUCUCGGUUCUACCAAAAGUCUAUCAAACAAUAAUGAUUCCUCAUGAUAAAUUUGGUCAUAUAGAUUAUGCAUUUAAUUCAAAUGCUAAAACAUUAGUAUUUGAUUCGGUUAUAAACAUUGCAAGACAAUUUAGAAUUGCUCCCAGCCGUAGUAAAUACGGUUAUUAUUAUUAUUAUUGACAAUAUGUUGUUAAAUAUUUAACUAUUUUAUUAUAUUUUUUUAUUUUUAAAAUUUUGUACAAUCAUGUAUUUCUAAUAAAUUAUACCAAAGUUAAAUUAUA